AUGGCCAAGAGGAAAUUUAGACCAAUCAUUUAUCUGAACGGUUAUGCUGGUGUUGGUAAACGCACCAUUGCCAACGAACUAUGCCAGCUCCUACUGAAUGCAAAGGUGAUCAGCAACCAUCUUCUCAUCGACACCGCCGCAGUUGUAUUUGAGAAAAAUACUCGAGAGCAUGAGCUGCUCUACACAACCUGGCGAGGAGCGCUCUGGUCACGAAUUGCCAGUUCAACGACACACGAUACGAUAUGGAUUUUUACAGAUUAUCAGCCUUUGAGCGGGACCAGUCGCGGAUACCUGAACAUAGCGGCAUCGCGGAGGUCACCUUUUAUUUCCAUCAUACUUGACUGUGCCAUCAACGAAAGCUUGAAGAGAGCCGCCAGUGGCGAUACAGACGACUACAACACGGAACCAAAAGACCUCAAGGCCCUGGGCGGUCUGAGGGAAGAAGACAUCUUCCGCUUUGGAGGUGAACUCGAAAUGGAACUCGACGAGACCGACUUGAGCCCAACAGAAGCAGCGAGAAGAAUAUGCGACCAUGUUUAUAGAGUUGUUCCAAACAACCUUCCUGAACAGGGGGUAUAG